AUGGCGGAUUGCACCUCCGCUUGCCUCAUAACGAAUGAUCGAAAAUAUUUACCAUUUCAAAUUCCUAUUUUUACAGCCGCAUCAUUACUGUCUGCAAUGGAUACUGCAGCUGAUCCAUGUCAAAACUUUUUUCAAUACGCUUGUGGUACUUGGAAUAAGAAACAUAUAAUACCAGAAGAUCGAAGUUCUAUAAGUACUUUUGAGGUGCUAGCCGAUCAGCAACAAGUAAUUCUGAAAGGCGUCUUAGAAGAAAGUAUAAACGAAGAAGAUAAUAAGGCAACGAUUAAAGCUAAAAUGUUUUAUAAAAGCUGUAUGGAUAUUCCCCAAAUACGUAAAAUUGGUGAAGGUCGCUUAAAAGAUGUUUUAAAAUCACUAGGUGGUUGGCCGGUUAUCGAAAAAAAUUGGCAACCACCAAAUAUGACAAUAGAACAACUAAUGGGUUACUUGCGUGGCAACUACAGUGAAGGCGUACUGAUAGAACUAUAUGUCGGUGCAGACGAUAAGAAUUCAUCUGUGAAUAUACUUCAAAUUGAUCAAUUGCCUCUCGCCUUACCUUCUAGAGAUUAUUAUCUCAAGUCAAGCAGUGAAAAUGAUUUAAAAGCAUAUCACAAAUAUAUGACACAGACAGCAAUCCUUUUGGGUGCUGAUCCUGAAACUGCAACACAAGAAUUAAAUGAAGUAGUGCAGUUUGAAAUUAAUUUGGUUAAUGCAUCACUGCCAGAAGCAGAUCGCCAUGAUACUAGCGCCAUUUAUAAAAAAAUUACUUUAUCGGAGUUACAAGAGCAAGUACCAGAAAUAGAUUGGACUGAAUACUUGCAAACAGCGUUAGGUCAAGAAAUACAACUACAGCCAAAUGAAGAGCUUGUGAGUUAUGCUAUGCCAUAUCUUAUAGAUAUGGGUAAGAUCUUGAAAAGUGCCGACCGUCGUGUUGUGCACAAUUAUGUUCUGUGGCGUUUAAUUAUGUCCAUAACGACGCAUAUGAUUGAUGAAUACCAACGCGAACGUGUAGAGUUUAGAAAAAUUCUACUCGGAAUACAGUCGGAACGUAUGCGUUGGUCACAGUGUGUAGAGUGGACGAAUAAGAAACUGGGCAUGGCUGUUGGUGCGCUUUUCAUACGUGAUAAUUUUAAUCAAGAUAGUAAGGAUACAGCCUUAGAGAUGAUACACACUAUUCGGGAGGCUUUUAAUGAAUUAUUAGCAGAAAAUCAUUGGAUGGAUGAUGAAACUAGAGCCGUAGCUAAAGAGAAAGCCGACACAAUGAAUGAACGCAUUGGAUAUCCAGAAAUAUUGACUAAUGCCACCGAAUUGGAGAAAGAAUAUAUCAAUCUCACCAUUAUUCCCGACAAUUUUAUGGAAAACGUUUUAAAUAUUUUAAAAUGGGAUUCUGAAAAAAAUUUACAACUUCUGCGUAUGCCAGUUGAUAAGGAGAAGUGGACUACAGAGCCAGCUGUUGUGAAUGCUUUCUACAAUCCCAAUAAAAACGAUAUUGUUUUUCCUGCUGGUAUAUUACAACCUUUGUUCUAUAGCCAAAAUUUCCCUAAAUCACUAAAUUAUGGUGGAAUAGGUGUAGUUAUAGGACACGAGAUCACACAUGGAUUCGAUGACAAAGGUCGCCAGUUUGAUAAAGAUGGUAAUAUGAUGCAAUGGUGGAAUAAUGCUACAAUUGAAGCAUUUCGUGAGCGUACGCAAUGCAUUAUAGACCAGUAUUCGAAGUAUAAAAUUGAUGAGGUCGGCAUGUAUAUGAAUGGGCGCAUGACCCAAGGGGAAAAUAUAGCAGAUAAUGGUGGUUUGAAACAGGCGUUUAGGGUAUGUACCUACCAGGUGUACCGUGAUAAAGAUGCCAUUUUAAAAGAACAUGUCAACACCAUAACUUCCUUAUGUACCGUCAGGAAGGAAGUAGUGAAGCCAACGUUCCAUCAACAAGCAGGUUCUCCUUACGAUUUUGUUUUCUUUACAAAUUUAAUCGUUCUCUGUCCAAUUAAGGAUUUAUAUAGAAAAAAGGAAAACAAUAUUAUUUGUGUGUUCGGAUAA